AUGUUCCUUUUGAGGUGUCUACUUGUGAGUCUUGUUGCUGAAGCCCUUACUUCCGCCACAGAUCUGGAUUCUUCCACGGUCGAGGCCGUUGGAGAAACUACCCAAGGCAAAACAGAUCGCCUUUUAAAUAAACUUGGAAAAUACGAAAUGGUGAUUCCUGUACUUGUUGAUGAGACGGGACAGUUUCUGAGCUACAACGUCAAACAUAGGAGAUCGAAACGUCGGAAGCGUCGAAGUGUUAGCGACCAUGAUACUCCUUUGGAGAAGGAACAUCUGAAUAGAAUAUUCUAUAAAUUAUCAGCGUUUGGAAAAGAUUUUCAUUUCGAUCUCAAAUUAAAUGAUAAGCUUUUGUCAACCGGAUAUGAAGCAGAAGUAUGGACAAAAGACGGACAACGCGAUUUUGUUAACCGGAAACGGAACUGUCAUUAUGUUGGAUAUAGUCGUGAACCAUUUACCUCGAUCGCCGCAAUUAGUAACUGUUUUGGAUUGCAUGGCGUUUUCCAAACGAACGAGGAGGAUUUCUUCGUGGAACCAUUAUGGAACCAAACAGGCAGAACCACCACAUUCGGGCAUCCACAUGUGGUGUAUAAGAGAUCUGACAUCCGGUUAAAUCAUGAACACAACAGUGACGAUUGCGGUGUUACAGAUUAUCAACAGUUACUUUUAAAUCAUAUCCCUCUUCAUGAAAAUACUAGAAAUGAAACAAAACUACAUCGAUCAUCUGAUCAGAGAAAACGACGAAAAAUUGACCCUCCACAUCGUUUAGGAUUUUCACCUAAGCCUAAGCCUAGAAUUUCACUGCGGAACGAAUACCAGAACCGGAAGCGCCGAUCUGUGAUGAGCGAAGAGAAGAAUGUUGAGACAUUAGUGGUAGCGGAUAGGAUGAUGGUACAGUACCACGGGAAAAAGAUAAUAGAGUCCUACGUUCUAUCCAUCAUGAAUGUUGUUGCCCAGCUCUUCCAUGAUGCCAGUAUUGGAAAUGCCAUUAACAUUGUGGUCAGUCGACUGGUCAUUCUGGAGAAGGACCAGGAGAACCUGACCUUGAACUAUCAUGCUGAUCGUUCAUUGGACAGUUUUUGUCGAUGGCAAAAUAUUCUAAACCUGACAGCUGAUGAAAUGGGAACCGCCCAUCACGAUAAUGCUGUUCUACUAACAGGGUAUGAUAUCUGUACGUACCAGAACAGUCCAUGUGGAACAUUGGGACUGGCUCCAGUGGCUGGGAUGUGUGAUGAAGACAGAAGCUGUAGCAUUAACGAGGACAUUGGUCUUGCGUCUGCAUUUACUGUGGCACAUGAAAUAGGACACAAUUUUGGGAUGCAGCAUGACGGCGCUGGAAACAGGUGUGGUACAGCGGGGUCUGGCGAAAUGGCUGGAAUAAUGGCUGCACAACUGACGAAAGACACUCAGCCCUUCAACUGGUCGUCGUGUAGUCGGACCUACGUCACAGAGUUCUUAGAUUCUGAUAAAGGACUAUGUCUGGUCAACACCCCUUCUGAACAACUUCUCGUACAGCCACAGUUCCGACGCUUUCCACCUCAGCAGAUUAACUCGGAUGAACAGUGUGUACUACAGUUCGGAGAAGCCUCAAGCAUGUGUAAACCAGGGGAGGUGUGUCAGGAGUUGUGGUGUGUAAAUAAACACGGUCAGUGUACCACAAACAGCAUCCCGGCGGCGGAGGGUACCGUCUGUCCACUGGACACCGGCCAGAGAGGGUGGUGUUACCGGGGGCUAUGUCGGGAACCUCACUACCGACCAGAGCCACAGAACGGAGACUGGGGUGCAUGGUCCGAGUGGGACGCCUGUACGCGCACGUGCGGUGUUGGCGUGGAGUCCAGCUUCCGGCGAUGUGAUGACCCAGAACCUCGUCAUGGCGGGAAAUACUGCGUGGGAGAACGGAAACGCUAUAGAUCGUGUAAUAUCCAGUCGUGUCCGGAUAAUGUUCAGGAUUUCCGAGAACAACAAUGCGCAGAUUACGACACAAAACCAUUUAGGGGAAGGUACUACAACUGGAAGCCAUUCUCAGGAGCCCACAACAGACCAUGCGCACUUAACUGUAUAGCGGAGGGAUACAAUUUUUAUACAGAACGUGCGCGGAAGGUUAUCGACGGCACGAGGUGUUACCCAGACAAAAUGGACCUUUGUAUUAAUGGACGAUGUCUGCCAGUGGGUUGCGAUGGAGUUCUGGAGUCUAAUGCUACAGAGGACAUCUGCCGGAAGUGUAAUGGUGACGGUUCCACGUGUCAGACAAUCUCCGGCCACUUCGACAAACAACUCCCAAAGGGAUCUUACCAUGAGAUGGUGAGGAUUCCGAAAGGAGCUGUACAUAUCCUGGUGAGAGAGACACAGGAAUCCAUCAAUUAUCUGGCUUUACAGGGUGAGAGUGGUGAGUACUACAUCAACGGCGAAUGGACUAUAGACUGGCCGCGGAAAUUCUCACUGGCAGGAACAGUCUUUCAUUAUGAACGAGAAGACAACGAACCGGAAGUUCUCAGGGCCAUAGGACCAACCAACGAAAAACUUGUCAUCAUGAUUCUGUUACAGGAGGACAAUCUAGGCGUUGACUACCAGUAUAAUGUUGCAAAGAACGCCACGAUAUACAAUCACGAUGCCACACUGUACACAUGGCAACAUUCUGUAUGGUCGGAGUGCUCACAUUCCUGUGGCAGAGGCACUCGUGUGUCCAGCGCGGUUUGUGUUAAGAAGGCUGACCGUCAGGUAGUCGACAAUGACCUCUGCACUCCACAACCAAAGCCGAGUGAUCACAGUAGAACUUGCAACGAUCAUCCAUGUCCAGCCAGUUGGUCGGUAGGACGCUGGUCCCAAUGCAGUUCCACAUGUGGUGACAAUCGCACGAAGAUGCGGAGCGUCACAUGCGUCCAGACAAUUAGCCAAGAGGAACAGGUGAUCCUUCCAGACCAGGAAUGUCCUUCCCGAAAACCCAACACAAAGCGUCAGUGUCGCAGCAUCACCUGUCCGGCUGUGUGGUUCCCCGAUCACUGGAGACAGUGUUCAGCGGAAUGUGGCAUGGGAGAGACGACUCGUAAUGUUUUUUGUAUGACUAGUGACCGCCAGACCUACCUACACGAGACACAGUGUAGUCAGGAGAAAAAACCACUCACAUGGGAAACCUGUAUACAGCGGCCAUGUCCUCCGCCCAGGUGGGAAACAGAUAGUUGGGGACAGUGCUCCGCCCGCUGUGGAACCGGCCGUCAGACAAGGAAUGUUGUUUGUCGGACCUAUAGAGGAGAGAGGAGUAGCGACUGCCUUCCGAGGGACAAACCAACCACAAUACAACAGUGUCAUAACAACUGUGACUCACGACCUUCCGUCGAUGAUUGUGUGGACCAGGAUAAGGCCCAGUUCUGUCCUCUAGUAGAGAGGUUCCGAGUGUGCGAUCGGGAGUAUUUCUACCGGAUGUGCUGCAGGACAUGUGUCGACUCGGGCCAACGGACAUACGGUUAA